CCUCGCUCAAACAAUCGCAAUCAAAGCUUCCACACCGAGAGGGGCCUUCGCGCCUCUUUCUCCUCCAUCACAUACAGCUUUGGGAGAAAGUCCCCGGACACGCCAUGGGUUUUUCUCGUGGCAUGCGGAAACGCGCCGCCAUAGAUGCAAGCACACCUGCGGCUUACUCGCCUGCCCUAUCCUCUCACAACCGGAGAUCGUCCCCAUUGCCGUCUGCACUCCGCAUGUGCGCUGUUGGCUCUCUUGCUGGUCUCUCGCUCGGUCGCCUCGCCUGCAAAGGGGAUGAGGAUAUGAGUCCGUGGCCGAGCACCGGGGGCUGGCUCUGGGGGUCUUCUGGCCUGCGUGAGGAGGAGGCGGUGGGUUCGUCUUGGUAAUCUCGCGGUCUUUGGGCUGUGGGGUUCAGGUUGGGCAUCUGGCAUCUUCUUCGUCGAGGUCGAAAGAUAUGCGAUUGCCCUCUCUUCUCUGAGGGGGUAACUCGAUGGGGCUUAUUCUUGAUGCGAGGGGUUCACCACAAACUCUUUUUUUUCGGAUCUGCUUGGGUGCUUUGCGCAUUCACUGCGCUCUGCUUCACGCCAUUGCUCGGUCAAACGGGCCAGAUUCCUUUACACAACUUCCCCUUCCCACACACAAAUCGUUCUAUAUGAUGAUGAAAAGGUAUAGAGUCAAGCACUGAGAUUUCCACUUCGGUACCCUUCAUUGGGGCUGAGGCUGGUCCAUUGAUGCUACAUUUCCUACGACGGUAUCUGACAGAACGAUUUGAUGUACACCCUUUUUAUAUAUAGCAAGAUGAGAAAAUUGAGAAAUGAAAAAAAUGAUCUUGCACAUUCGA